UAGUACUAUACUAGUAUUGUCCCACUCAAAAUAAAAAUAAAAUUAUUACUCUAAUACUCUUUAAUCAAGUAUUCAUCACCAUCUAUCGACUCUCUUCUUCAUUGAAUCUGCCAAGCUUAAGCUCCGAACAGCCGCCAAUCAGUUCCGAGAAAUUGAGUUAAAUGGCUGCAGGAAGAGCAAUCCACCAGUUACUGCGUGGGAGACUACAGUCUCAAUCUACCACUCCUCCAGUUUUUUCGUUGCUUAUUUCAAAUAAAGGUAAAGAGGCAUUUGGAUCUGCUGGCAUGAAGACCUUGAGAGCAGUUGCACUUCUUGGAGCAGGUGUAUCAGGGCUUUUGAGUUUUGCAACGAUUACAUCUGCUGCUGAUGAAACUGAACAUGGUUUGGAGUGUCCUAACUAUCCUUGGCCUCACAAAGGCAUCCUCAGUUCAUAUGAUCAUGCCUCGAUUCGUCGUGGUCACCAGGUUUAUCAACAAGUUUGUGCGUCCUGCCACUCUAUGUCACUAAUUUCAUAUCGUGACUUGGUGGGUGUGGCAUACACUGAGGAGGAGACGAAGGCUAUGGCAGCUGAGAUUGAGGUGGUUGAUGGGCCAAAUGAUGAGGGUGAGAUGUUUACUCGUCCUGGUAAACUAAGCGACCGAUUUCCUCAGCCAUAUGCAAAUGAACAAGCGGCUAGGUUUGCUAAUGGAGGGGCCUAUCCUCCAGAUUUAAGUCUUAUUACCAAAGCUCGUCACAAUGGUCAGAACUACGUGUUUACCCUUCUAACUGGCUACCGUGAUCCUCCUGCUGGUGUCUCGAUACGUGAAGGGUUGCAUUACAAUCCCUACUUUCCUGGGGGAGCUAUUGCUAUGCCUAAAAUGCUAAUUGAUGGUGCCAUUGAGUAUGAAGAUGGUACCCCUGCGACAGAAUCUCAGAUGGGGAAAGAUGUUGUCUCAUUUCUGUCAUGGGCUGCAGAACCGGAAAUGGAAGAGAGAAAAUUGAUGGGAUUCAAGUGGAUAUUUUUGUUGUCGCUAGCACUACUACAAGCUGGUUAUUACAGGCGCAUGAGGUGGUCUGUUCUCAAGUCCCGUAAAUUGGUCCUCGACGUCGUCAACUAGCUCUUCUGUGCUAUAUCCUUGUGGGUGGACUUGAGUUGGGAAUAAUUGUCUCUAAAACAGUGUGUGUUUUGCAACUAUAUUAAAUUAGUUGAACCUGUCCACAGGUAAUGUUGUUACUGGAAGAGUUCCUUUCUCAAUUGGAGGGAGAAAUAAGAGAAUCGUACAUACACUAUUUUUUGUCUGAACUCUGAAUUGAAUAGGGGUCUCAAGAAAGACUUGUGUUUUAUUGUGAAAUACUGUAUUUGGGAGAUUAAAAAAAGGCAGGAUUGAGACUAUCCAUCAAUUUGCCAAAUGAGAAUCUACUGUCAAAAGAUUUUAAAGUGUUUUA